GAGUUUGUAACAGAAUGGGUAAAUACAAUGUCGGCGUAUUGCUUCGAUUGUCCAUUAAAUCAAGACGAUUGCUACCUUGAUGGAUGUGUAACAGCAGAUGGGACGUCACGUCCGAUUUUUGUAACCAACGGAACAAUCCCAGGACCAAGUAUUCAGAAUGGAAUGGCAAUGAUUGUUCGUGAUCAUGAUGAAAUUAAUACCAAUGCCACCUCCCGACUGUCCCAAUUUUGAACCGUGGGCGCCAGAUAAUUGAAAGAAACUUUUAGUUGAUAUGGAAAAAUAUAUGAUGAGACUGUAUUUUUAUAUUUUACAAUUUUUGUACCUGAAAGCUAUUACUGGUUGUUGCUCAAAAUGCGGCAGUGGAGAGUAUAUUCACGAAUGUUUACGAACUUGCGAGUACCCUCCAAAGCCGAAGAUGUGCGAGUAUGAGUUUGUAGCAGAAUGGAUAAAUACAAUGUCAGCAAAUUGCUUCGAUUGUCCAUUUAAUCAAGACGAUUGCUACCUUGAUGGGUGUGUGACAGUAGAUGGGACGUCACGUCCAAUUAUUGUAACUAACGGGAAAAUGCCAGGACCAAGUAUUCAGGUAUGUCAAGGAGACACCAUUCGUGUUAACGUAAUAAACAAACUCCAGGAUCAUGGUGGUUUAUCAAUACAUUGGCAUGGUAUGUACCAAACUGGUACAAAUUGGAUGGACGGUGCUUCCAUGAUCACCCAAUGCCCUAUUACUUCCUCGUCAUCAUUUACAUAUCAAUUCAAGGCAAACCCACCGGGUACCCAUUGGUGGCAUGGCCAUUCCGGUUUUCAGAGAAGUGACGGUAUUUACGGUUCGCUGAUUAUCAGAAAACCGAAAGAAGUAGAGCAAAUUAGUGAUGAAUAUGAUCUGGAUGUUCCAGAGCAUGUAAUCUUGCUAACGGAUUGGAGAGAUCAUGGCGGGCUCUUUGUAACCGUGCAGCUAUUUUCCAACUCCGUGUACGUAAAUGAUGAGAUAAAUCUUCUGCCAAUGUUAAUAAAUGGAAGAGCGAUAGGAGACACGUUCUUGGACGAGGAUGGUAAUACAUUCUUUACACCGCUUACAACGUUCGAAGUUGAAGAAGGACUGCGAUACCGUUUUCGUGUCAUCAGCGCCGCAUAUGGAUUUUGCAAUACACAAGUUUCCGUAGAAGCUCAUUCUCUAAGAAUGAUUUCUCUUGACGGCUCUGAUGUCAUGCCAAAGACAGUUGAUUCCUUUAUCAUAGCUCCUGGUGAAAGCUACGAUUUCGUGUUGACUGCAAAUGCUACCCCAGCAUCUAGCUAUUGCAUGUAUUUCUAUGGAAUGCCAAAUUCAAAAUGUUCUGGCAAUGGAACCGCCAUCCUGCGGUACAAGAAUCGAAUCGACGAUGAUGAGGACUUCACUUGCGAAUCUGUUCCAACGACUCCAGCGAGUCUUACGGAGACGCCAACUUUUUCCAUUCUGGAUACACAUUCAUUUGAUCCGGUCGAUCCAGCCUUGUACAGUGUCGACGAAAAAUAUUACGUACUACUUACAUUUUUUAGAAAUCAAAUUGCCAAAGACGACGGAACAGUAAAAGCGGUAAUUAUUCAUAAUCAAAUAGAUUAUAUCAGCUUUACAUACCCGCCUUCGCUGCUACUAACAAAGGAUCCAAUAAAUUUUACGUUAUGUGAAGCAAAUAAAUACAGAUCGGCAUACAGUAGUUGUAAAGCUGAAAUUUGUAAAUGCACCACCCUCCUGAAAAUGAAUGUUGGACAGGUUGUGGAAUUUAUUAUCAUCAAUGACGAUGAUUGGCUUGCACAUUCGAUGCAUUUGCAUGGCCACAAUUUUAGGGUGAUGGCUCAAGAAAGUGUCACGGACAUCAGCUCAUUGACUUUAGCCAAUAUGAUAUCACUUGAUGAGAAAGGAAUGCUUCCGCGAGUUUCGCCUCACAAUGCUGUUGUCAAGGAUACUGUCGAUGUACCAACAACUGGCUACGCUAUCAUUAGAUGGAAAGCCGAUAACCCUGGAUAUUGGUUUUUCCACUGCCAUUCUGAUGCCCAUUUAGAGACUGGAAUGGCAAUGAUUGUCCAAGUUGGUGAUCAUGAGGAAAUAACAAUGCCACCUCCCGACUUUCCCAAUUGUGGACCGUGGACGCCAGAUGAUUGAAAGAAACAUGACGGUUGAAAUUAUCUAUGUUCCAAGCUUCUUUAUAAAAUAACUGAAAUUAAACUUUUAGUUGAUAUGAAAAAAUAUAUGAUGAAACUGUAUUUUUUUAUUUUCCAUUUGUUGUAACCUCAAACUAAAGAGUAUAAAAUUGCAAG